GUCCAGCUUUCGCUGCUGCCGACCCAUUGUUCUGAAGCCAUCUCUCUGAUGCAACGCCGACGAGCAGCUGAUGGGGUCGAUGGUGGAGGAGAUGCAGCAGAUGAAAGGACUGCUGACCAAAUGAUGGCUGACCUGAUCGAGGACCUGAACAACUCCUCAUCAGGAACCACCGCAGUGAGGUCAGUGCGGGUGUUGGAAGGAAGUGCGCAAGCCCAACCUGAAGGUGGAGCCCAAGAGGUGGUCGUGGCUGGAGCUGGUGGCCCACAGCCAGGACUGGGGUGCAGCUGCAGUGGCAAGCUGCUCCGCCGGCUGCUCUGGUGGAUGCAGGAAGGCGACCUGAACAUCUUCCAGGGGGCCAACAACAAGCUGAACGAGCUGGAGGCAUGGAUCCAGGUGAAGGCCAACGAGGCGAUCAAAGAGCUCAAGGGGUUGGUGACGGAGGUCUAUCGGGUCCUCUUGCACUUCCUGCCGGCGGCUUGGAGCCAUUGGUGCUUCGACCUGAAGGUCUACCCCCUGCUCCACAAGGAGAUCCUGUGGUUUUGGGUCCUGCUGGACCGCAUGGAGGUGCUGAACAACAAGGGCAUCCUUCUGCACUGGUGCAACGUGCUGGACAUCAACCUGGCUCUGGUCAACUUCUUCGGCAUCCUUCUGAUCCUCAUGGGGUACAAGCCGUGUGACCAACAUGCUGCCAGUGGACCACAUGGCGAAGGCGCCCAACGAGCUCUGUCAUCAGGUGUAGUUCAGGGUUCAAAAACCCCUGUGGAUCCGGCUCUUGGCCAUUUGGUGACUCCUCCGGGUCUUCCUGGCCUUCCUGGUCCAGCUGUGCCUGCAUCGGUCACGCCUGCGCCUGUGGUGAGCGUUGGCGAGAACCUCAAUGAGAACCUGAGGAACUUGGAGCUGCCAAAGCUGUCCCCUGACAGCACUUCGGUGGACUUUGGUGACUGGCUUGCCAUUGUGGGUCCGUUUAUGUCGGAUCUGAGUGGAACGAGCAGUCAAUGGUGGGCUCUGGUGUUGGACGCUGCGGCCAAGACCUAUGCAGCGUGGGUGACAUCAACGCCACUCCAAAGGUUGCGCCUGAAGGUGGUGUCUCCGAAUGAAUUGGCGAAAUGGCCAAGGACUGAGCAGAGGGCUGUGACCAUGUUGUUGGCUGCUGUCCCGGACCCGAUUCGGCGCGAACUGAUCUCGUCCAGGAAGCUGCAAAGCGUGGAGAUCCUCUAUGCCCUUCUGUGUCGUUUUCAACCAGGUGGAGUUCAUGAAAAAACGAGCUUGCUGAAGGACCUCACGGAGAAUCGAUUGGGUGCCAAUGCGAACAUCCACGAGCUCUUGCAGACCUUGCGGGUGUGGCGACGGAAUUUGGGAAGAUCAGCUGAGCUGGGAAUUCAACUUCCGGAUCCACUCAUCUUGGUUGGAGUUCUUGGACGGUGGUCGGACCAUCUUGGACGCCUUGGAGGACCUCAGACGGUUUACCGAAUGUCGUCGCUUCGACAAGACUUGCAGUUGGACUUCAUCCCAACGAAUGUCAAGGUUGCUGACUUUGCGGAGGCGUUGCAGGCCGAAGCUGAGCAGUUGUCACGGAUGAGCGCUUCACCGACUUCUACCACGACUGCAUCACUUCAGGACACCAAAAGAAGGAGCAGAUCAAGGCUGCUGCUCUACGGUCUGAAGGGUCUCCUACCCUAUAGGUUUUCAAGAAGAACUGAGAUUUGCACCAACAAGGAGAUCCUGUGGUUUUGGGUCCUGCUGGACCGCAUGGAGGUGCUGAACAACAAGGGCAUCCUUCUGCACUGGUGCAACGUGCUGGACAUCAACCUGGCUCUGGUCAACUUCUUCGGCAUCCUUCUGAUCCUCAUGGGGUACAAGCCGUGUGACCAACAUGCUGCCAGUGGACCACAUGGCGAAGGCGCCCAACGAGCUCUGUCAUCAGGUGUAGUUCAGGGUUCAAAAACCCCUGUGGAUCCGGCUCUUGGCCAUUUGGUGACUCCUCCGGGUCUUCCUGGCCUUCCUGGUCCAGCUGUGCCUGCAUCGGUCACGCCUGCGCCUGUGGUGAGCGUUGGCGAGAACCUCAAUGAGAACCUGAGGAACUUGGAGCUGCCAAAGCUGUCCCCUGACAGCACUUCGGUGGACUUUGGUGACUGGCUUGCCAUUGUGGGUCCGUUUAUGUCGGAUCUGAGUGGAACGAGCAGUCAAUGGUGGGCUCUGGUGUUGGACGCUGCGGCCAAGACCUAUGCAGCGUGGGUGACAUCAACGCCACUCCAAAGGUUGCGCCUGAAGGUGGUGUCUCCGAAUGAAUUGGCGAAAUGGCCAAGGACUGAGCAGAGGGCUGUGACCAUGUUGUUGGCUGCUGUCCCGGACCCGAUUCGGCGCGAACUGAUCUCGUCCAGGAAGCUGCAAAGCGUGGAGAUCCUCUAUGCCCUUCUGUGUCGUUUUCAACCAGGUGGAGUUCAUGAAAAGACGAGCUUGCUGAAGGACCUCACGGAGAAUCGACUGGGUGCCAAUGCGAACAUCCACGAGCUCUUGCAGACCUUGCGGGUGUGGCGACGGAAUUUGGGAAGAUCAGCUGAGCUGGGAAUUCAACUUCCGGAUCCACUCAUCUUGGUUGGAGUUCUUGGACGGUGGUCGGACCAUCUUGGACGCCUUGGAGGACCUCAGACGGUUUACCGAAUGUCGUCGCUUCGACAAGACUUGCAGUUGGACUUCAUCCCAACGAAUGUCAAGGUUGCUGACUUUGCGGAGGCGUUGCAGGCCGAAGCUGAGCAGUUGUCACGGAUGAGCGCUUCACCGACUUCUACCACGACUGCAUCACUUCAGGACACCAAAAGAAGGAGCAGAUCAAGGCUGCUGCUCUACGGUCUGAAGGGUCUCCUACCCUAUAGGUCAUGGAAAAGGUGCAUCAAAGGGAACUAUGACGUCUUCACCAACGACGCAUUUGCCGAGUUCUUCACAUGGGUCUACGGCGACUUCAUCGACGAUGAGGCGGCGACCCAAAUUGGUCAAGAAAUUCGAACUUGGUGGAAAGAACGAUACCCACAGGUUCCUGACGCUGUCAUCGGCUUCAUGAAGGGCCAGUUCACGGACUGGAAAAACUGUCCUCAAGGAUUACCUUGGAAUCGUCGGAGACGUAGGCAGCUGGAAUCGGCCAAAGCCAUUGUCCUGCACCUCUUCUCUGGGGAUAAGGAAUCGAGCAGAAAGUGGUUGGAGUUGCAGAAGCUGGGCUACGAGGUGAUCACCUUGGAUGUGGCUGCAAACAGUGCCGAAAACCUGCACUCACCAGCUAUCUGGAGUUACCUGAUGAUGUUGGCUCGCAAGGGCUCACUGAGAGUCUUGUUGGGUGGGCCACCAUGCAGAACGUUUUCAAGGCUUAGACACAAGCCACCCGGCCCACGACCGGUGAGAGGUAGAGCUGAAAACAGAUGGGCUCUCCCUGACCUGAAUGUGUUGGAAGCCGAAAAGUCUCAUGGAGAUACAGCACUGGUCCUGAAAAUGGCGGCCCUCUACGAAACGAUGGAGGAGAGUCAACCAGGAGCCAAUGGGUUUCUCCUCGAGCACCCUGAAGACCCGUGCGCGUACCUUGGAGAACAGGAGUCCAGGGAAAUGCCAAGCGUGUGGGAGUGGCCAGAACUUAAGGCCUUCGCGGAGAAGUUCAACAUGAAAACAGUCUCCUUUGAUCAAGGAAAAUGUGGGCACAGCCGACGAAAACCAACCAACCUCCUGAUGAACUUGCCAGGUAUGGAUGAACUACAGGGGUUGCUCUGUGGGAAGAAUGAGAAGGGCAUUGAGCCGCUUGCUGCAGAUCUUCAACGUCUCAAACAGACCUCUUCCUGGUCGUCAUGGGCUCCGGGGUUGACACAGGCUAUCAAGGUCCUGAAGUUCAACGUUCAGAAGAAGUUCAACGUGCUGGUCAAGUUCCACGUCCCGGUGGAGGUGACAGCCCUAAAGAAUGCCUUCCAGGUUCAGGUGCUCAUGGUGAAAAAGUUCAUGCAGGCCCUGUCGAACCUGUUCCGUCAAAAGGUGAUGGAUGUGAUGAUGAAAAAGAUGAUGGAAAACCAGGUAGAGCCUCCAAAACUGAUGGAUGAAACCAAAAGAGAUGGCCCUGACGCAGUGUCAGCUGAAGGGAGGUUAGGUAUUGAAGGUCAGGUUCCAGGCUCCGUGCCUGCGGAAGGAGGUGAUGGUGAAGGAACACAGUAUGAACCUAGCAUCUAUGAUGGUGAUGAGCCUGUAGAGCGCAUGGAAGAGGUGGAGAACCCUGACGUGAAUGACAUUUGGGGGGAGGUCCAUGGUCCGGGGGAGCCCUCUGCUCUUCGAGCUUUUCAUGGUGAUGAUGGUGAACCUAUGGUGGUUCCGACCAACUUGGUCGGGGGGGAGUCCAGGUGCUUUUCAACCGCACAAACCGCACAAACAACACGAGAUGUCGAUGCUGGAGCGACUUUGGAAUCUAUGUCGUCUUCAAGUUCAACAUUGCGGGCGAGCACAUCAAGGUCUACUCCUUCAACCUUUAGUGCAACUUCAACUUUGGGUCCAAGCUCAACCUUGCCAAGUAUGACAAGUUCAUCAAGUAUGACGUCCAAUGGCGGUGCAAUCGAACGCUGGCCUCUUGGUGGUUCCGUGGAUGAAUAUGAGAAGAUGCUCCAACGUGAACAUCAGGGAUGGACUGCAGCGCUUCGAGAGGAGUCACAACGCAUCCCAAUGGAUGGUGAUGAAGGUGGUCGCCAAGGUCACUUGAUGAAGAACCUCAAGGUUCAUGUCGGCGUCUUGGAAGAGGAGUUGGAUGUAGUGAACAAAAUGGUAGUUGAAUGUGAGGAGCGAAAGUGUCUGCUGGCUGCGCUCAACCUCAACGAUGUGGAAGACGCCGAGAGCGAUCAGUUUGAGAUGCCUGUGGAGCCAAAGUGGAAGAUCUUCUUUGACUUCAUGCAGAUGGUGCGCAGCACAACUACUGCUCCGGUUGUCGAGGAGGACACCAAGCACGUCAAGGACCUACCUGAUGAGCGAUGGGGUGAAGAAGUACCACAACUGCGGGCAGUGCUGCCCGAGGAUGACGGUUCUUGGGAAUGUCAUGACGGUCGGGCUCCGCAACCAUGUGACAGUGUAUGUGGCGACGAUCGGGCUCCGCCACCAUUUGAUGAAGUAUGUGGUGACGGUCGGGCUCCGCUGCCAGUGCAUGGAAUGGCCUAUGACGGGGCUCCGCUACCUGAAGGUGAAUGUCCUGAUGGUCGGGCUUCGCAACUACAACAUGGAGGAUGUGCAGACGCUCGGGCUGGGGCACUAUGUGGUGAUCUUCCAGGCGACGGUCUUCAAGAUGAUGUGGAGUCUAUGUCACUGCCAACAAAGGUGACGGUGGAUGAUCCUCAACACGGGAUGUACCCUGGCUGGCCGGGCCGUGGCAAGGGGACCGGGAAGCCAAAUCCUUGGUCGCAGCCGCCGCCACCGCCGCCACCGCCGCCACCGCCACCGCCACCAAGGGUCGGUGGGGAAGGGAUGUUCCGACCUUUUCCAGCUCAAGGACUACCUGGUGGAGCACAGGGGCAGUUCUAUCGACCUGUCCGGGUAGAGCUCACCGUGGGAGGAGUGCCAAUGGUGGGAUACCGCCAAGGGAUCCCUGGUGUGGACUACUCCAUCGAGCUCACAAUGCGAAAAACUGAUCAACCAGAUCAACGUCCUGCAGCUGAACCACCAAUAGUGGGAAAAAUUUGUGUUACAGCGACUGGGCCGUCUUCGGCAAGUGCUGGGGCUUCAAGUGCGAGUUCAAGGGCUCCUACAACGGAAAAUCCUGGGGGUUCAACCGCAAGUUCAAGGGCUCCUGCAACAGAAAGCCAGGCAACUGCGGCCAGUGCAUCAAGUGCUCCUGCAACAGAAAAUCGGGCCAAUGCGGCCAGUGCACCAAGUGCAAAUCCAGCAUACUCCAGACUGGGAGUUGUGGCUGAAAGGGUGAUGCCUGACGGGAGUAGGGUCAUUUACAGAAACCCCAGGGAGACCUAUUACGAGAACGUCCCACCUCCAACGUCAAGUGCAUCUGCGCCCACUGAUCCGCCGACUGUUGACUCACCGGGUCCUGGUGAACCAGAGCCAGAGGCUGAGGACCUCACGGUGGAAGAAACGUCGUCUGAUGUCGAAGUGGUGCGUCCAACGAAGGGCUUCAAGAUUCAAGAGAAUGUCAUGGCGGUCGGGCUUGGCAACCACCCGCUGGAAAAGAUCAUGGUGUCUGCGUAUGUCUGGACGCUCGGGCUUGGCAUCUUCAUGAUGGUGAAUGUCAUGGCUCUGGUGUAUGUCUUGACACUCGGGCUGAGCAUCUUCAAGGAUGUGUAUGUGUUGGCGCCGGUGAAUGUGUUGAGAUUCGGGCUUCGCAACUAUGUAUGUGGCGACGCUUGGGCUCCGCUGCUGUGCUGUGCGACCUGCCACCUUUGGGCUCCGCGACCAUCUCUUGGGCUUGCUCCGCGACCAUCUCUUGGGAUGACUACCGAUGGUUGGGCUUGUGAUGGUGAUGAAUGCGGUGGAGGAGGUAGCGAUGAUCGGUACGAUGAUCAGUACGAUGAAAAGUACGAUGAUGUGGGGCUACUUCAUGGACGAGCUCUACAACCUCUUUGUGGUGAAGCCUUGCUGGGCUUCAAUGGUGCUGCAAGGGACACGCCUGGUCCCGGGGGAGCUGAAACGCUGGAGGAGAUCUAUGGCUGUGAUUGGGCCGCUCUACUUCCUGGACAUCAAGGACCAGCUGCUCUUCUUGGCCGUGGGCAUCUGCCCUCUUGCAUGCGGCCUGUCUGGCCAAUUUUGAAUGAGGAUCACAUCUGUGAGGUUGGGAAAAAUGGUUGGCAUAUGACCCCCAACGCUGUCCAGGAUGUUCAACUGUUUUUGGGCUUUUCUCAUCCUCAUGCAGAUCCUUGUAGCUGUGUAGCUAGUACGAAUGGUAGUGAAAAAAGGGCUGUGCCCUACAAUGUGAAGCCUCAAGGGGUUUCGGAGCUGAUUGGUGCCAAGGAGAACUCCGACAGUUCUCAAAUCAACAGCCUGACUGGCGAUCAAAUCUCCAGGCAUCAAUCGGGUCCAGUAGGACCAAAAAAUGACGAGUUUUUGCAGGGUUCGGGUGCCCAGCUGAAGAUCCAAGUCCGUAGUGUGAACACUAGCCUUGAAGGGUCAAAAUCUUCAGCUGGCGCUGAGAGCCAAGUAGCCGUAGCACCGGUGGAAGGCAUGUCUGCCUACGGUGGUAGUUGUAGUGGUAGUUUUGUAGCUGCCAUGCUCUUCGCUCUGCCGACGUUGGUGACGGGACAGCCUGGUGAUGGUGGUCGCCGUGACCAAGACGGAGACUUUGGGGCAUUCCUGUUCUUCUUCGUGCUGCUGGCGGGCUACACUGCGAUGGUGAUUUUGGGAGUGCUGGCAUGCGUCUGGUGCCAACAGCUCCAUGGAGAAAGACGACAGGUUGGAGGGAAGGGCGCUGGCAAAGUGCGCAACUACUCCAAUCGAGAAAUGGAUGAAUGGUAUGGGAACGACGUGGCCAACAUCCAAUACAGCGAUGAGGAGGCGAUGCCGACUCCAAGGCUGAGGAGAAGGAGGACCACUGGGAGCUCUUCACGGGGUUCUGGUGAUGGUCGAACUACGUCGCCGGCCUUCUCGGAAGCGGACGGGCCGCCAAUCCAACACCCGAAGAGGAGGAUGACAUGCCUGCCAUCCCCGAGGACUACGUGCCUACGCCAAGUACUCCUGACCACUGGGCCACUGGGUGCCGAUGAGCACGCGCAUCCAAGAGAGAGCCAAGAAGAGACUUCAGUGGCCUCCACGCCGGGGACUGCUGACGUCACGCCUGAUGAGGAGGAGGAGGAGGUCGACCCGGCCAUUCCGUUCCCUCAUGGAGCGAAAGCACCUCCGGCAGCCUGGAUGCAAGGACAACGUCCACCAGGGCAGCCGCAAGCUUUCCCGCAACAGCAGGGCCUACAAGGGCCUCAAGCGAUGCAGCAGGGGCCAAUUGGGCCUCAGCCACAACAUGAACUUCAAGGAGCUGAAGGGGCGACGCCAAAAGCCGCUCCGGCUACAGAAGGGGCGACACCAAAAGCCGCUCCGGCUGCGGGCAGCACGGCAUCACAGGCCGUUUAUGCUGCUGCUGCUGCCGACGAUGAACCUCGUGGGGGCGACCAGGCAGAGCCAGCUGGCGAGCCAGGUUUGCCAGAUGAUGGGCCACGGCGGGGUGAGUCAGACGAAGUACCCCGGCCGACCAUCUUCACA